CUCUGCCUCACUCUCUGUCCCCUCCCCUCUUCCAAACAGGGCAAUUCCCUAAGUUUUCUCCUUUUCUCACAAGGCUAUAGUUCAAUAUUCCUUUCUGGGGCACACAUCCUGUCUCAAAUUCCGACUGGGCUCCUCGACGCAUAGCCACCCCAGCUGCUGCAAGCCCAUACUCAGGAGUGCACACCGGGACUUGGUCUGGAUCCAAGUCUAGAUCCUGCUGCUCAGUCUGGGUCCAUAAGGUGAACAGAGAUUUAGAGAGUGAGCAGAAGAAAGGGAGUGAUUCGGUCGGAGGGACAGCGAGGCCGAUCAAUGGGAUCAGGGAAGCUGGCUCAGGUGCUGCUGGGAUGGGUGGCGGUGUGUCUUGGGGCGGUUCACGUGGCUUGUGUUCAAACUGGGAAUGGACCGUUCCAAACUAGCCGCUUCACCGGUACUGUGGACCAGAGAGAGGCACAACGUGUUCGUCGCCGUGGUCAGGAGACACUGAGAGGACCCAAUGUGUGUGGCUCUCGCUUCCAUUCCUACUGCUGUCCAGGCUGGAAGACACUGCCAGGAGGGAACCAGUGUAUUGUUCCGAUUUGCAGGAACUCAUGCGGCGAUGGCUUCUGUUCAAGACCCAACAUGUGUACCUGUGCGAAUGGCCAGCUCUCUCCCAGCUGUGGAGCAGGAGGAGUGCACUCCUGUAAUGUCAGGUGUAUGAAUGGAGGCAGCUGUGCAGAGGACUCCUGCUCCUGCCCCAAGGGAUACACAGGCAGUCACUGUGGACAGCCUGUUUGUGAGAAUGGUUGCCAGAACGGUGGGCGCUGCAUCGGCCCCAACAGAUGUGCCUGUGUCUAUGGUUUCACUGGCCCGCAGUGCGAGAGAGACUACAGGACUGGGCCAUGUUUCACCCAGGUUAACAACCAGAUGUGCCAGGGGCAGCUCAGUGGAAUCGUCUGCACCAAAACCCUUUGCUGCGCAACCAUCGGUCGAGCAUGGGGCCACCCGUGUGAGCAGUGUCCAGCCCAGCCCCACCCCUGCAGGCGAGGCUUCAUCCCUAACAUCCGCACCGGGGCCUGCCAAGAUGUGGAUGAGUGUCAGGCAGUGCCAGGUCUGUGUGCUGGAGGUAACUGUAUCAACACAGUGGGAUCCUACGAAUGUAAAUGUCCCGCCGGCCACCGUCAGAGUGAAACCAGCCACAAAUGUGAAGACAUUGACGAAUGCAGCACCAUUCCUGGUGUGUGCGAUGGAGGAGAAUGCACCAAUACUGCUGGUAGCUACGUUUGUACCUGUCCGCGAGGCUACAUCUCCAGUACAGAUGGCUCCAGAUGUGUGGAUCAGCGUGUGGGCACCUGUUUCUCUGCUCUGGCUAAUGGCCGCUGCACUGGAGAACUCACUGGCCAGUACACCAAGAUGCAGUGCUGCUGUGACAAUGGACGCUGCUGGGCUCUGGGGCAGAUCCCUGAGAUGUGCCCUGUCAGAGGUUCCGAUGAGUUCAGGCGUCUGUGUAUAGUGGGUGUUCCCCAAGGACAUGGCCUCCCUCAUGGCUACCCCAACGGACACUUUCCCAACAAUAAUGGAAACGGAUUCAAUUAUGGAUACAAGUUCCCUAGUGGGCCGAAUGGCAACGGUAAUGGAGGGACCGGUGGCAAUGGAGGAGGAGGAACCUUUGGAGGCAACGGGGGCAGCUCUGGGGGUAAUGGAGGAGUAUUGACCCAUCAACACAUAGGCACUGUUUCCGUGAACGACUCUAUUGACGUGUGCAAACAUUUUACCAACCUGUGUCUGAAUGGACGCUGUAUCCCAAUACACGCAAGCUACCGUUGUGAGUGCAACAUGGGCUACAAGCAGGAUGUUCGUGGGGAGUGCAUUGAUGUGGAUGAGUGUGUGAGUAACCCAUGUAUCAAUGGAGACUGUGCCAACACACCCGGAUCGUACCACUGCAAGUGCCAUGAGGGAUACCAGGGGACCCCUACCAAACAAGCCUGCAUUGAUAUUGAUGAAUGUAUUGUGAAUGGUAUGAUGUGUCGAAAUGGUCGCUGUGUCAACACUGAGGGGAGCUUUCAGUGUAUCUGCAAUGCUGGCUUUGAGCUGACUCCAGAUGGAAAGAAUUGCAUCGAUCACGACGAGUGUGCCACAACCAACAUGUGUCUCAACGGCAUGUGCAUAAAUGAGGAUGGCAGCUUUAAGUGUAUCUGCAAGCCUGGCUUUGCCCUUGCACCUAACGGACGCUACUGCACAGACAUUGAUGAGUGUCAGACACCUGGCAUUUGUAUGAAUGGACGCUGCAUCAACUCUGAGGGCUCCUUUCGCUGUGAAUGCCCACCGGGCCUGGCAGUUGAUGUCGAUGGGAGGGUGUGUGUGGACACGCACAUGAGGACCACCUGCUACGGUGCCAUAAAGAUGGGCACAUGCUCACGUCCGUUCCCUGGUGCAGUGACCAAGUCGGAGUGCUGCUGUGCCAACCCUGAGCAUGGGUUUGGAGAGCCUUGUCAGCCCUGCCCGUCCAGAAACUCAGCUGAGUUCCAGGCUGUAUGCAGCAGUGGUAUUGGCAUCACAGCUGAUGGAAGAGACAUCAAUGAGUGCGCCUUGGACCCUGAUAUUUGCCAGAAUGGCAUAUGUGAAAACCUCAGGGGAAGCUACCGCUGUAUCUGUAACAUUGGCUAUGAAUCUGACACGAGUGGCAAGAACUGCGUUGACAUCAAUGAGUGUCUGGUGAACCGACUGCUCUGUGACAACGGUCUGUGCAGAAACACUCCUGGCUCCUACACAUGCUCCUGUCCUAAGGGAUUCGUCUUCAAACCCGACUCAGAGACAUGCGAAGAUAUCAAUGAGUGUGAGUCCAGCCCAUGCAUCAACGGAGCGUGCCGUAACGUGGCUGGGUCCUUCAACUGUGAGUGCACCCAUGGCAGCAAACUGGACUCCACAAACACCAUCUGCGUGGAUAGUAUGAAGAGUACCUGCUGGCUUACAAUCCAGGACAACCGCUGUGAGGUCAACAUCAAUGGAGCCACGCUGAAGUCUGAGUGUUGCUCCACACUGGGAGCCGCCUGGGGCAGCCCCUGUGAACCCUGCGAGCUCGACACUGCUUGUUCUCGAGGAUUUGCUCGCAUGAAGGGCCUCGUCUGUGAAGACAUUAAUGAGUGUGAGGUGUUCCCUGGAGUGUGUACAAACGGCCGGUGUGUGAAUACCCAAGGCUCGUUCCGCUGCGAGUGUGCUGAAGGCCUCACCUUGGACAGUACCGGUCGCACAUGCGUGGAUAUGCGUAGUGAGCAGUGCUACAUGAAGUGGCAUGAGGAUGAGUGUGGUCAGCCACUGCCAGGAAGAUACCGUGUGGACAUGUGCUGCUGUACAGUGGGUGCAGCUUGGGGCAUCGACUGUGAGGAGUGUCCCAAAGAAGGCACACCUGAGUUCAGAGCCAUCUGUCCCAGAGGACCUGGCUUUGCCAACAGAGGAGACAUUCUGACUGGCAGGCCCUUCUACAAAGAUGUCAAUGAGUGUAAGGUGUUCCAGAGUUUGUGUACAUACGGAAAUUGCAGAAAUACCAUCGGCAGUUUCAAGUGCCGCUGCAACAAUGGCUUCGCUCUCACCGCCGAAGAGAGGAACUGCACAGACAUUGAUGAGUGCCGCAUCUCCCCUGAUCUGUGUGGUCAUGGCACAUGUGUCAACACACCCGGCAGCUUUGAGUGUGAAUGCUUUGAGGGCUACGAAAGCGGCUUCAUGAUGAUGAAGAACUGCAUGGACAUUGACGAGUGUGAGAGAAACCCCCUGUUGUGUCACGGAGGAACCUGCCUGAACACAGAAGGCAGUUAUGAGUGCGAAUGUCCCGCUGGCCACUCGCUCAGCACCGAUGGCUCUGCAUGCGAAGAUGUGAAUGAGUGCCAGCUGAGUGACAACUUGUGCAAGAAUGGCCAAUGUGUCAACAUGGCGGGGACCUAUCAGUGCUCCUGUGACACUGGUUACCAGGCCACGCCGGACCGGCAAGGCUGCGUUGAUAUUGAUGAAUGUACAAUUAUGAAUGGCGGCUGUGAAACCCAUUGCACCAACUCGGAGGGUAGCUAUGAGUGCAGCUGUAGUGAGGGCUAUGCUCUCAUGCCUGACCUCAGGACAUGUUCAGAUAUUGAUGAGUGUGAGGAGACCCCAGACAUCUGUGAUGGAGGACAAUGUACCAACAUUCCUGGGGAAUAUCGCUGUCUCUGUUACGAUGGAUUCAUGGCUUCCAUGGACAUGAGGACCUGUAUCGAUGUGAACGAAUGCGAUCUGAACCCAAACAUCUGUCUCCACGGCGACUGUGAGAACACCAAGGGCUCCUUCAUCUGCCACUGUCAGCUGGGAUACUUUGUCAAAAAGGGAUCCACGGGUUGCACAGAUGUCGAUGAGUGUGAAAUUGGAGCUCACAACUGUGACAUGCAUGCCGCUUGCAUCAACGUGCCAGGAAGCUUUAAAUGUCGCUGUCGAGAUGGCUGGGUGGGAGACGGCAUCAAGUGCGAGGAUGAGGAUGAAUGCUCUGCAGAGGACCACAACUGCAACCCCAACGCAGACUGUGUCAACACACCAGGAUCCUACAGGUGUACGUGCAAAGAGGGCUUCAAUGGAGAUGGCUUUUCAUGCUCAGACAUGGAUGAAUGUGCAGACAAUGUGAACCUGUGUGAGAAUGGCCAGUGUCUGAACGCUCCAGGAGGCUACCGCUGCGAGUGCGAGAUGGGCUUCACUCCCACAGAAGACAGCAAGGCCUGCCAAGACAUUGAUGAAUGUAAUUUCCAGAACAUCUGUGUGUUUGGGACGUGCCAGAACCUUCCAGGGAUGUUCCGCUGUGUGUGCGAUGACGGUUACGAACUGGACCGUAGUGGAGGAAACUGCACUGACAUCAACGAAUGUGCAGACCCUGUGAACUGCAUCAAUGGAAUCUGUGUGAACACACCAGGGAGCUACAUGUGUAACUGUCCAGCCGACUUUGAGCUCAACCCCACUGGGGUGGGCUGUGUAGACACCCGUGUUGGAAACUGCUUCUUGGACAUCCUUGCUCGUGGUGAUGGAGGAAUCUCCUGCAGUGCAGAGAUUGGAGUGGGUGUGACCCGAGCUUCCUGUUGCUGCUCCGAGGGAAGAGCCUGGGGAAACCCGUGUGAACUGUGCCCUGCCGCUAACUCAUCGGAAUACAAGACUCUCUGUCCAGGAGGAGAAGGGUUCAGGCCCAAUCCCAUUACUGUCAUCCUGGAAGAUAUUGAUGAGUGCCAGGAGCUUCCAGGUCUCUGCCAGGGCGGAAACUGCGUUAACACAUUUGGCAGCUUCCAGUGUGAGUGUCCAGCAGGCUACUAUCUCAAUGAACAGACUCGCAUCUGUGAAGAUAUUGAUGAGUGCACAGCUCACAUUGGGAUCUGCGGGCCUGGCACUUGCUACAACACUCUGGGCAACUACACGUGUGUGUGUCCUCCUGAAUACAUGCAAGUUAAUGGAGGAAACAACUGCAUGGACAUGAGGAAGAGUGUGUGUUACCGCAACUUCAACGACACAUGUGAGAAUGAGCUGUCCUUCAACAUGACCAAGAAGAUGUGCUGCUGCGCCUACAAUGUGGGAAAAGCCUGGAACAAGCCAUGCGAGGCCUGUCCUACUCCUGCUACCUCUGAGUACCAGAUACUGUGUGGUAACCAGGCUCCUGGCUUCAUCAUUGACAUUCACACUGGCAAGCCUAUUGAUAUCGAUGAGUGCAGGGAGAUCCCUGGAAUUUGUGCUAAUGGAGUGUGUAUCAACCAAAUCGGGAGCUUCCGCUGUGAAUGUCCAAUGGGCUUCAGCUACAACAACAUACUACUCAUUUGUGAAGAUAUUGAUGAGUGCAGCAGUGGGGACAACCUGUGCCAACGCAAUGCCAACUGUAUCAAUAUUCCAGGCAGCUACCGCUGCGAGUGCUCGCCAGGCUUCAAACUCUCUCCCAGCGGGGCCUGUGUGGAUCGCAAUGAGUGCCAGGAGAUUCCUAAUGUGUGCAGCCAUGGGGAGUGUAUUGACACACAGGGCAGCUACCGCUGUCUCUGCCACAAUGGCUUCAAAGCUACAGCUGAUCAGACUAUGUGCAUGGACAUUGAUGAGUGUGACAGGCAGCCAUGUGGUAACGGUACCUGUAAAAACACAGUGGGAUCCUACAACUGUCUCUGCUUCCCCGGCUUUGAGCUCACACACAACAAUGACUGCAUGGACAUAGAUGAGUGCAGCGCCCUCCAGGGUCAAGUGUGCAGAAAUGGACAGUGUAUUAAUGGACUUGGCUCCUUCCAGUGUCUCUGCCAUGAGGGUUAUGAGAAUACGCCUGAUGGGAAGAACUGUGUUGAUAUCAAUGAGUGUGUGAGUCUGCCUGGCACUUGCUCUCCGGGAACUUGUCAGAAUCUGGAUGGGUCCUUCAGAUGUAUCUGCCCUCCAGGCUACGAGGUGCAAAAUGACCAGUGUAUAGAUAUCAACGAGUGUGAUGUGGAGUCCAGCAUCUGCCAGUUUGGCACCUGCACCAACACCCCUGGCAGCUUCCAGUGCUCAUGCCAGCCGGGCUUCGUGCUCUCUGACAACAAACGGCGGUGCUAUGAUACCAGGGAGAGCUUCUGUUUCACCAAGUUUGAGGCAGGUAAGUGCUCUGUCCCCAAGGCCUUCAACACCACCAAGGCCAAGUGUUGCUGCAGCAAGAUGGCCGGAGAAGGAUGGGGGCUGCCCUGUGAGCUGUGUCCACGAGAAAGCGAUGCUGGUUUUGAUACUCUGUGUCCCUACGGCCACGGAGCCCUGCCUGGACCUGGUGAUGCUCGGGAAGAUAUGAAUGAAUGUCUGGAUAACCCAGGCAUCUGCCAGAAUGGUAUCUGCAUCAAUACAGACGGUUCCUUCCGCUGUGAAUGUCCCUUUGGAUACAACCUGGAUUACACCGGAGUCAACUGUGUUGACACUGAUGAGUGCUCGAUAGGAAACCCUUGUGGAAAUGGAACCUGCACCAAUGUCGUGGGAGGCUUUGAGUGUUCUUGCCAGGAGGGUUUUGAACCAGGAUCGAUGAUGACUUGUGAAGACAUCAACGAGUGCUCCCAGAAUCCUCUGCUUUGUGCCUUCCGUUGUGUCAACACGUUUGGCUCCUACGAGUGUAUGUGUCCAGCUGGUUAUGUGCUACGAGACGACCAGCGCAUGUGCAGAGACCAGGAUGAGUGCUCAGAAGGACUGGAUGACUGUGACUCCAAGGGCAUGACCUGUAAGAACCUGAUUGGUACCUUCAUGUGUAUCUGUCCUCUUGGCAUGCAGCGCCGACCAGAUGGAGAGGGAUGUAUGGAUCUGAAUGAGUGCCGUGCCAAGCCUGGCAUCUGUAAGAACGGCCGCUGCGUCAACACAGUGGGAAGCUACCGCUGUGAGUGCAAUGACGGUUUUGAGCCGAGCUCCACUGGAACUGAAUGCAUUGACAACAGAAAGGGCUACUGUUUCACAGAGGUUCUGCAGACUAUGUGCCAGCAGUCAUCCACCAACAGGAACAGUGUGACCAAGUCUGAGUGCUGCUGUAACACGGGUCGAGGCUGGGGCUCACAGUGUGAGCUCUGCCCACUGCCUGGCACCGUACAGUACAAGAGGAUGUGUCCACUGGGACCUGGCUACACCACAGAUGGCAGAGACAUAAAUGAGUGCCAGGUGAUGCCAGAUCUGUGCCGCAAUGGCCAGUGUAUUAACACCAUCGGAUCUUUCCGCUGUCACUGUAAUGUGGGAUACAAAACUGACUUCACAGCAACCUCCUGCGUCGAUAUGGAUGAAUGCAGUCUGUCUCCCAAACCCUGUAACUUCCUGUGUAAAAAUACAGAAGGCAGCUACCUCUGCUCCUGCCCCAGAGGAUACACCCUGCAGCCAGAUGGCAAGACUUGCAAAGAUCUGGAUGAGUGUUCAACAAAACAGCAUAACUGCCAGUUCCUCUGCGUCAACACCAUUGGAGGCUUCACAUGCAAGUGUCCCUCUGGUUUCACCCAGCACCAGACCGCCUGCAUUGACAACAAUGAGUGUACGGGUCAGAGCAGUGUGUGUGGUUCCCAGGCCUCUUGUAUCAACACACCCGGUAGCUUCAACUGUGAAUGCUCUAAAGGUUUCUCAUUGGACACCACAGGCUUGGAGUGUGAGGAUGUUGAUGAAUGUAGCAGUAACCACCGCUGUCAGCACGGCUGUCAGAACAUGCUGGGAGGUUACCGCUGUGGCUGUCCUCAGGGCUAUGUGCAGCACUACCAGUGGAACCAGUGUGUGGAUGAAAACGAGUGUCAGGCGGGCACCGUUUGUGGCUCUGCGUCCUGCUACAACACACUGGGCAGCUUCAAGUGCGUGUGUCCCUCUGGUUUUGACUUUGAGCAGACAGCUGGUGGCUGCCAAGAUGUGAAUGAAUGCAGCACAAGCUCAAACCCCUGCAUCUACGGCUGCUCCAACACCGACGGAGGCUACCUGUGUGGCUGUCCCGGAGGCUUCUACAGAGCAGGGCAGGGUCACUGUCUGUCAGGUUCAGGUUUCCCAAGCCAGUUUGUGGAGGGUGAAGACGAAGACAGUUUGUCUCCUGAGGCCUGCUAUGAGUGUAAGAUCAAUGGAGGAGGAAAGAACGGACGGCACAGACGUAACGCUGACGAAAAUGAUCUCAACCAGGAACCAACAGUGAGCAUGGCCAGUGUGGACACCCAGGCCUCCCUCCCCAUGAAUAUCUCUCUGGCCUCGCUGCUCAACAAAGAGCCUCUGCUAGAGCUUCGGCCCGCCCUGCAGCCCCUGGAGCACCAUGUACGCUACGUCAUAACCCACGGCAACGCUAAUGAACACUUCCGCCUGCUGGAACGCCGUGACGGGAAGAGCGUGCUCCGGCUUGGCAAGAGACCACCUCCACCGGGAUCCUACCGGCUGGAGAUUGCCAGCCUGCGGCUCUUUGGGCCCCGGAAACUACACCACCUGGAGGAGCAGCAUGACAGUGACUACCUACAAGGGGAAAUAGGAGACGCCCUACGCAUCAAGCUUCACAUCCACCUGCACUGAGCUCAGAGUGCUCUGAUCCUGCUCUGGACUGGUUCCUAAAGCCUUUGAGUUUUAAUCUUUUAUCCAGUAACCCCUCCCCCCCGCAGGACCAUCACACUACAGGGGGUAAUCAAGGGCUAUGAAAGACUGAGUCAAACAGCCCAACUCUACCACCACUUUGUUACUGUUCACAUUAUUAUAUGUUCAUGUUUUGUGUGUUUUGUGUUUUUCUUUUAACCUUGACUCUUGCAGCCCCUCCACUCCUAAAUGACCCAGCACUCAAUCUCCACUGAGAGAGACAGUGGACGAGAUGGCAGAGAGGCGCCUUUGUGCUUGGACCACAGCCACCUCACAUCACAAAAACUAGCAGACAGAAGGCUCACAAGUCCAUGAAGCACUUUUGUAUUAAACAAUGCAUUACACCAAGUAGAGAGUGCUGAGAGUGGCCCAGGCUGUUACAAUGCAACAUGUAUGGUGGCAUUUAAAUCACAGGGCAGCAUCUAAAAUUGUCUUUUUGUUUAGAAGCAUAAAUAUUAAGGCUCAAGAUAAGAGGUUGAGUGCUGUCACAGUGGUCUAAGGACUCUCUCACCUCUCUGUGAUCUUAGUAGAAAUCACAACACUGGGGAUCAAGGUUUGUCACAUUUGCCCCUCACAGUAUUGUAGUAUUGUCAUUUAAUGUAUUUGUGCUGCUUGAAAAAUGUUAACACGAAGGACUGCAACAUUUACACAACAUUUCAGGUUCUUUAGUCCAGAGCCCUCUUUUUUUUUUUUUUUUUUUUUUGUAGCUGGAUAUCAAACAAUUUUCAGAUAAGAAAACACCGAGCUGUGUUGUACUCCGAUGUGACUGAUUCUCGUCCUGCACCUGUGGGCAGCAGCCAGCAGGGAUUAGCAAGCUUACGUGUGUGUACUGUCAUGUUUGGUUACCUCAGUACAGUCAGCAUCACAGCACGGCAUCCACACCCUGACGCUCUGCUGUGAUGCUGACUUUAAAACAAAAGAGGGUGCUAGUGUGCCUCAGCAUCCAUCACGAGCAGGGAACUGACCAGUUAGUAGACCUUAAAGAAGAUAGAUCAGGUCAAGUUUGUCCUUUGUCUUUUAAGGGGUUAUGACUUCAGGUGCACUGAUUCUGGACCUGAGAGCCAGCUUUUUCAUUAAGUCUAAAAUCAUCCUCCUUUAUCGGGGAUCGACAGCUUGUAGCUUCUCGUAGUUCCCAUCUCUUCCACAUAAAUGCUGACAGCCGGCGUCGUGUGGCUGAUAUCUGAAGUGACAUUAAGCUGACUUUAUCUGACUUCUUUGACUUUACUGCAAGCUCGAUGUCUGAAGGCUGAGCCGCGUUUACAACACACAGAGACACUCAGCUGAAUACAGCAGCUGUCUCAAAGGUACAUGACACGUUAAGCUGGAACUAGAGGUAGUCCUUUACAGAGUAAGGUCACCCACAGGUGAACAUGAAACCUCACUGAAAAACAAACAGUAUCCACCAGGUCAUUUCCUAUGAUAUUUUUUCUCUCAAAGAGGAAAAAAGGUGCUACAUUAUACCAUCUCUUAACGCUGUACAAAGAAGUGCAGUCUUGAAUCUGCGUUACAAAAGUGAUUUUUUUUUUUUGCUAGGUUUUAUUGUUGUUGUGUAAGUCUGUCUUUUGUAUUGUCUCAGUGCUGAAAAACCAAUAUUAUCAAACUUGCUUCUUGAAAAUUAAAUUGUAUAUUUUUAAGUGAAAUGUAGAUUUUUUUUCUUUUUUUUAUGUCAAGGCUGCCAAAACAAAUUUUUCACAGUAAAAUCCAAGAUUGAAGGCUUUAAGUGCUGUUGUCUUUGUUUGGAAAAGAAACCAAAAAAUUGAUCACUGACUGAUGUUUUAAGCCACUGUUCAUCACUCAAACCAGCCAUGAGCAAUUAAAACACGUCAGACUUUAAGACUACCAACAUUCCCUCUGUCUGUUACCUAACACAUGGGGAGGCUUACACUGUCUGUACUAUGCCAUAAGGAUCAAUGGUGCUAGGUGAUAAUCUUUCUUUGAACAUUCAAGGUUGCUGCACUGUCCCACAGCCUAGACAAUGUUUAUAAUACAUAACCAUUUUCUAACCUGGGAACCUUUGUAUACUUUGUAUCUUUAUUGUCAGUUUGUAAUUUUUCUUGUAUUUGCCACUAUUUUUUUAAUAAUGCAGCGCGUUGCGUGUGAUUACUGUAUCUCAGCUUCAGUGUCAAACUUGAAUACUGUCAUGAUCAUCUGCCUGCAUAGAAGUAUUGCGUACUUUAUGAUUCAAAAAAAACAAAGACCUUGAAGUUUCAGUUGUUUAUGAUGAGCCUGUUGAUGCCAGAGUUUAACUGAAAGCUGAUGUGACAAUCAUCCGGCCACAGCUUUAUCAGCUAGCUGCCGAUCAGUAAAGAAAUCAUCCUUAAUGAUCGUCAUCUUUAUGUAAAGAUGAAAACCAAAGAUUUAUGACACCAAAUGGCAGUCUGUAAAAUUAGAGUGAUUCACUUAAUAAUGUAAACUUUUGUCCAAUUACAUAAAUGGCAAUAAAGUAUUGUGGGUUAUAUUUUUAA